AUGGAGCAGGAUUUCGCAACGGCCGAGAAGGCACAGGGUCGCUACAAUGCGGAGAGCAACAGCAGUGGCGAGCACUUUGACAAUGCUCUCCGCCCCGAGUUGACCCACGACAGUGUUCUGGGGAUGCAGUCUCACGGACACUUGGGUGAUGGGGACGACAACCCUUAUGUUCACCAGCAUAUGGAUUUCCAGCUUCUCUGCUCCCUCACCGCCAUGUCUUUCCUCUGGGUCGGAUCACAAAUUCCCCUCUUUCUCUUUGGCAGCGUUCUUCCUGACAUUUACGGCGAAAUCGGCGGUGCUGGAGGACGAUGGAUCUGGCUGGUCRUUGGAUACCUGAUUCCCAACGCCGCCCUGUGCCCCUUCGUCGGAGCAAUGUCGGAUUUGUUUGGUCGCAAGUGGGUCGCAGCUGUCGGCCAAGUCGCUCUGAUCAUCGGACCAAUCGUCGUUUCAACAGCACAUGACAUUAACAUCGCUAUUGCCGGACAGGUCAUUUCUGGUUUCGGUGCCGGCUUGAACGAGCUCAUCGCUCUCUCUGGAACUUCUGAGCUCGUGCCCGUUCGCAAGCGUAGCACUUACGUCGGAGGCGUUGUCUUCACCAUCCUCCCCUUCUGCCCGUCCCCUCUAUGGGCACAGCUCAUCGCAAAGGCCUCCAACUGGCGAUAUGUCGGAAUCUUGGUCGGAGUGUGGWACUUCAUCGGUCUUCUCCUCGUCGUCUUCCUCUAUAAGGACCCCGCAGCCCGAUACAACGCGAAGCGACCAGUCAAGGAUGUCCUCAAGGAGAUUGAUUACGUCGGUGGAUUCUUCAGCAUCUUCGGUAUCACCUGCUUCAUGAUGGGCCUUCAGUGGGGAGCUUCGCAGUACACCUGGGGCAGCGCCCACGUCUUGGUUCCCUUCAUCCUCGGUAUCGUCCUCAUCAUCUGCUUCUUCAUCUGGGAGUUCAAAUUCGCCAAGUUCCCCAUGUGCCCCAAGGGCAUGUUCAAAAAGGACAAGCAGUCAAUGAUUGUGGUCCUCCUCAUCACCUUCUUCAGUGGAGGCAACUUUUUCGUCAUUCUCCUCUUCUGGCCCACUCAGGUUUACAACAUGUACGGCAAUGAACCCAUUGGCAUCGGUAUCCGCACACUGCCAAUUGGAUUUGGUAUCAUCUUCGGCGCUCUCAUGGGUCUGGUCUUGAUUGGUGUAACCAAGGGUCGCACCAAGGGUCUCAUGAUCUUCCUCACAAUGGGCAUGACUGGAUUUGUCGGUGCCAUGUCUGCGGCCAGACUCGACAACAUCACGCCGUUGGUGUACCCAAUCAUCACUCUUGCCUCGAUCUUCACCGGCGCAGUCAUCAUUCCAUGUUCGAUUAUUGCGCAGAUUGUCUGCCCCACCGAAUUCAUUGGAACCGUCACUGCCAUCACGCUCGCCAUUCGAUACAUCGGAGGUGCCAUUGGAUUCACCGUCUACUACAACGUCUUUUACCACAAGCUCAAGGGCGAGUACCUCAAGCCACUCGCUACCGAGGCCCUUCUGCAGGGACCCUUGUCUGUCAACAUUAUCAGCGUUGAGCAAGUUACUUCUGAACUCACGAAGCUUUUCACCUACGCCGCACAAGCCGAGUAUAAGCAAUUAGAAGAUGCCAUCCAAACCGGAGGCUUCAUUCUCGACUCCAGCAAGGCCACAGCUUACGACAUUAUAAUCAAGUACACCCAGAUGGGUUUCGAACAGGCGUACAGGUGGCCAUACUGGAUCAGCAUCGGAUUUGGAGGUGUAUGCAUCGUGUGCUCGUUCUUCAUGGGAGACAUCCGCAAGCAUAUGUAA